UCAUGACCCAAUGACCCAUGAUGAUUAGUGGGCACCAACCUUUCACACACGUAAUAACACAGUCCUCUCCGUUGAAAUCACAAAGAACGAUUCGAUCAUCUUUUCCACCAUGAUUCCAUCGCAAGAAGCCUCUUGAUUCAUAUAUUCUCACACCCAAUUCCUAAAUUUCACAGCUUUUCACGUAAUUGUGUUGAAUUCCCGACAGAAAAAAACCCGGGAGAAUUCUCCGAUGAGGUACCUCUCUUGCAAAGCAGAGACUGCCGUCGCCGUCGCCACCGCAUCCGGUGGCGGGAAAAAUAUAUCUUCCGCGAACUCCGGUGGCAAGCAAGAGAAGCCCGUGAAGAUCCGACAGUUCGAUUACAGCGACCUUGAAGCCGCCACCAAUGGCUUCUCCGCCCAGAAGCUCCUCGGCAAAGGAAGCCAUGGAAGCGUCUACAAAGCCGUCGUGAGAGGACGCAGAGUCGCCGUGAAGAAACCUUCUAAGGGUCAGGAACUGAGCCAAGAAGUCAACAACGAGAUCGAGAUUCUGUCCAAAAUUCACAGCCCCAGGUUGGUUAAUCUCCUAGGGUUUACCGAUGAUUCCCACGAUCGUUUGAUGGUGGUUGAGUUCAUGAGCAAUGGUACUCUCUAUGAUGUUCUUCAUGCGAAUCCUAGUUCUAGUUCUAGGGCUUUGAAUUGGGGAAGAAGAAUCAGAAUGGCUCUGCAAGUAGCCAAGGCUGUUGAGAUCCUGCAUUCUCAGAAGCCACCCAUUAUCCAUAGAGACAUCAAGUCUGCGAAUGUGUUGAUCGAUAGGAAUUACAAUGCGAGGUUAGGCGAUUUCGGGUUGGCUCUUAGGUGUAGCGUUGAUGACUAUAGGCUUAGAUCAACUCCUCCAGCAGGUACUAUUGGCUACCUCGAUCCGAAUUAUGUGACCCCUGAUAAUCUGAGUACAAAAACCGAUGUUUUCAGCUUUGGGAUUCUGUUGUUGGAGAUCAUCAGCGGAAGAAAAGCGAUCGAUAUCGGGCAUUCCCCACCUUCUAUCGUGGAUUGGGCGAUUCCUCUUGUGAAGAAAGGCAAGAUUCUCUCGAUAUAUGAUCCGAGAACCGCGCCCCCUAAGGACCCUUUGGUCAGAAAACAAUUGGCUGCCAUUGCUGCAAAGUGUGUGAGGUCGUGCAGGGAGAGGCGGCCCUCGAUGAAGGAGAUGGUGAAUUGGUUAACCGGGUUGAGCAAAUUGGUUCCGCUUCAUUCUUGGAACAUCAACAACCCAUGUCUGAUGGUCGAGACGAUGGGAAGACCGGUUGAGUACAGAAGAUCACAAGAGGGGUCUCAUCGGGGAGAACAUGAUCCCAAAGGAACAUUUAGUAGAGACGUGAUGAGGGAUUCUCGGAAAGUCUGUUCUGAUCUAGGCAUUAGGAGUAACUUGAUGGAGCUAAUGGCUGAAACUGAAGCCGAGUCUCAAAUCUGGGAAGAAGAUAGCAGUGCUCGUAGAAGAGGAAGGAAUCAAUCCCGUUCAGAACUGUUUACAGAGAAAGCUCUGUCUUAGUGUCUGAUUCUUCCAAAAAAGCUCGGAGUUAUACAAGUAAGGCCACUUUCUAUUUUAUCUGCGGUGUGAAAACGUUUGUACAUUCUGAGAUUUUUCUUGAACUGAAUCAGUCAUUGCUCAUAUUCACAAGGUGAAAAGAAGAGAAACCUGGAAAUCUUUCAGUUCAUCUGUA